AUGACGAUACACGUCCUGAAACUAUCAAUAUGGUUUGCUCUAAUAUCUCUUGCGACUUUGAGAAUUAUUGAAGAAGAAAAUGUGAAUACCGUGACUACCGAGGCUGUCCAGGGCGGCCUUGCCCGUUUGCCAUGCGAUUUGACUCCGACUGUUGCCCAGGACAAAGUUUAUUUGGUCAUUUGGUACAAGGAAGGACACAAGUCACCGAUUUACAGUUUCGAUUCGAGAGAUGCCCGCGGCAACAAUUUACCAGACAAAUCUGUCCAUUGGGCCGACGAGACCGUCUUGGCGGGCCGAGCCUUCUUCCAGGCGACCCAGAACCCUGCCACUCUGGCCAUUGAAGGGGCCAGAGACUCCGACACUGGCGCCUACCACUGCAGAGUCGAUUUUCAGAGGAGCAGGACCAGAUAUGCGAGGGUUAACUUGACUGUUAUAGUACCACCAGAGCAACUGAGUAUCUUGGACGAAGAUGGAUCCCACAUUCCUCAUUAUGUUUUGGGACCUUAUGACGAAGGAGAUAAUAUUAAUGUGACUUGCGUUGCCACAGGAGGUAAACCUUCCCCAGCAGUCACCUGGUGGCAGGAUAACACCUUGUUGGACGAUUCCUAUUCAACUUUAUCAGAAGGACGUGUUAAAAAUGUUCUUCAGCUAAAAGGACUACAAAGGAGACAUCUCAACAGUGUUUUUACAUGUCAAGCGAGCAAUAAUAAUCUAACUACACCUAUUACCAGUGAUAUUUCUUUGGACUUGAACCUUCGUCCCCUUUGGGUGAAAAUAACCUCACCAAACAGACCGAUGUCUGCAGAAAGUACUUAUGAGGUCACUUGCGAAAUUGUGGGUGCUCGACCAAGACCUGUGGUGACCUGGUGGAAGGCCAGUGUGCCACUUCGAAAUCACAAAGAAGUAAAUGAAGGAAAUAAAACAAUAUCGAUUUUAAAGUUUGUUCCAACAAUUGAGGAUAAUGGAAAACAUUUGUCAUGUCGAGGUGAAAGUGUGAUACCUGAGAGCGGAUUAGAAGAUGGCUGGAAAUUGGAUAUACACCAUGUUCCGUCUGUGACCUUAGAACUUGGCAGCAACCAGAAUGCGUCUCAUGUCUAUGAAGGAGUCGAUGUCUAUUUUGAAUGUAAUAUUAAAUCCAACCCGUGGGUCUAUAAAGUCAGCUGGAGACAUAAUGGAAAUGUAAUUUACAACAAUAUCGGCGCCGGUGUGAUUAUUUCGAACCAGAGUCUGGUGUUGCAAAAUGUGGGCAGAUCCAAGAGUGGGUUGUACACGUGUGUCGGAAGUAAUCAGGAAGGGGAUGGUGAAAGCAAUCCGGUUCAGUUGGAUAUAAAAUAUGCCCCAGUGUGUCGUCCUGGACAAAUGCCCGUCUACAAUGUCGCUCGCCAAGAAACCAUUCAAGUAUCCUGCGAACUACAAGCCAAUCCUGGUGAAGUAACCUUUAAAUGGCUCUUCAACAAUACAAAUUCAGAAGUUCUCAGUCUACCAAUCAGUCAGAUAUCUACAGAAAAGACACACAGCAUCAUGCAGUAUACGCCGCAGAGUGAACAAGAUUACGGUACUUUAAUGUGCUGGGGUAUCAACGAAGUAGGAACCCAACAGGAUCCUUGUGUCUUCAUGAUAAACCCAGCAGGUAAACCCGAUUCCCUAUCGAAUUGCACCAUAGUGAACCAGACCGCGGAAUCCCUUCACGUCGAAUGCACAGAAGGCUACGACGGCGGUUUGCCUCAGCAGUUCCUGAUGGAGGUGUACACUGUGCACACCAGACAACUUGUCAGCAGUGUCACGUCCAGGACACCAUAUUUUUCUGUUACUGGUUUGGACUCGGAAUUGGGCUUCGAUAUCGUUUUGGCAGCCAUCAACGCGAAGGGACGCAGCAAGUUGGCGCAUUUGAACGCUUAUGCUCUGAAAUUUGCGGAACGACAAACAGCGACUAUUCCAUCGAUGCCUCAUAUGACGACGUUCAUGGGUGCCCUGAUAGGCGGUGUUUCUGCUAUAGUGCUCCUAGCAGCCAUCACGGUGAUAACAGUAAGACUUCGUGGAAGAUCUGAAGAUAUCGUGAGACCCCAAGAUCAUAGCCCUGAUAGAUCGGCGACACCUAGAUGCAAUAAUGCCUAUUUGGACCAUCCUGUAGUUUUAGAGGACAACCGGAGCGACAUGCUGGACUAUUUGGAGGAGAAGAAUCCGGAUAUUAUACCUCAAGGUGGUGAAGAUGUAUGUUUAGAGACACGACCGCCUUGUAAUUGGCUCGGGACAACGCAGAGGAGUCUUCUAUAUGGGGCGACUCCUGGUUCGAGUCAAUGUCCGCCUUCUUUGCAACCGCCGCCUCCGACGGCGAUGUAUUUACCGUAUAAGUCCUUAGAGAACUUAUCACAGGUGAACGACACGUCGUACGCGGAACUAUACCUGUCGGCGCCAAGUCAAAGGGCCGUCUACACGACGAGUACGCUGAACCGGGCUCGGGUGUCGAAGUCGGGCAUGUUCGGGCCGACGAGUCAGCCCCUGGAGAGCACCCUGUACGCGCAGAUCAGCCUGAACAACGCGACGUGCGCCAACGAUAAUAACUUACUAAGACACCUGAGUCGACCAGGCGAAUUAUCGGAAGACCUGCAAUGA